AUGUCGCAGGCGCAAACACCCCAACAACGCAGGGCAAACGAAAAGUUCGCCAAACGCGAGGAGGCCAAGCGCGGUAAGCCCGAGAAGGCGAUCAAGAAGCAAACGUUCAAGUCGCCGAUUUCUCAGGGUUGGUUGAGUAUGUCGCUUUCCUUCUUUCUUUCUCUCUCUUGCGCGCCCUACGGCAGGGUGUACGGUACGUUACGACUAUUAGUGCUGACGGACGUGGUGACUGCAGUCGUUAUCGGAUUCGCCGUGUUUGGAGGUAUCGUUUUUGAGCUUAUUCGGAUGUUCUUUUGAGUAGGAUUUGUGGAUUGGGAGAGUUUGGAGAGGGAGGUUGGAGAAAUAUUUGUCCCCCCCCGGAUAAGUCCGGUUCAGGGCGUGUGUGUGUGCCUGGUGUCUGCGCUUUACGCGAUCGUUGCUGGUCUGUGUGAAUAGGUCGUGACGGGGGAGGAGAGGAGGGAAGUGUGUAUGUGUCGUGGGUUUACAUCUUGUUGUUCAUCGGGUUAUUGAAAUCUAUGCACAUGUUAGGUUGA